UCCCACAGAGUUGCUGCUUUGAGGCGGUAAUGUGAGGGGCGUGCAGACCAUCACGCCGCGCAUUCUUUUAUUUUUUUCUUUCUUUUUUUUUUUAGCCGAGCGCUUAUUUUCCGGUCCUCCGCUCGGGUCUGGGUAAACACCACCACCCCGAUUGGCUGUUUGUUUUAAGAGUGGAACGAUCCAUCGCACAGCGCCGGGCUCGAUUGACACUGUCUGCUGAUCUGCUGCUGCGGAUUGCUCAGAAUAACAAGGCUGCUCGCUAAUUCCUGUCUAUCGUGGCUUUCGCCGGAACGCCGAGAGUAGGGUCCCAAAAAAUCCUGCUGGGCAGGCUAGAACGCCGCUCCGCCGCUGUCCGCACCCCACCAUGGCUUCUGGAGACCUUUACGAGGUGGAGCGGAUCGUGGACAAGAGGCGGAACAAGAAGGGAAAGUGGGAGUACCUGAUUAGAUGGAAAGGAUACGGUAGUAAAGAGGACACCUGGGAACCCGAGCAUCACCUGCUACACUGUGAGGAAUUCAUUGACCAGUUUAACAGUUUAAGACUGCACUCACGCAAACGAACCAAGCUCCCGAAUAGCCGCAGCCACCCCCACACCAUCGGCCAUGCCUCUGCAUUCGAACACUCCAGAGCUCGAUCUGAGGCUCCUAAAAAAAAAAGAACUUGUGAACAACCUGUGGGGGUGAAAGUCGGCUCUGGUUUGGGAAUUGGAGGUGGAGGAUUGGGACCUACUCAGAAGCAGAGGAGGGCAGGUGUUGAUGCAGGAAAACAUUCUUUUGGAGACAAAAUAAGUAAAGCCAUGACACACAGGGAUCCUCGCUUUUUCCACCGGUUGAAAGAUCCCGACGGCAGACUGCAAAGCGGAGAGAUGGAAGCACCCAUGUACAGGACAGCAGCAAGGUCACAAAGACUACCUUUAGAAGGAGUGGACGGAGAAGUGGGGCACAAAGACACCGCUGGAACACAUUUUCCUACUGAACUAGCCAAUGGAAAGCUUCACGUCCAGGGCUCAGUAAAGCGGAAGCUGGCGGAGGAGAAGGGCUACGUGUUUGACAAGCGGCUCAGGUACAACGUGCGACAGAACGAGAGCAACUGUCGCUUCAGAGACAUUGUUGUCAGGAAAGAAGAAGGGUUCACACACAUCCUGCUUUCAAGCCAAACAACAGACAACAAUGCUCUCACACCAGAGAUCAUGAAGGAAGUGUGUCGGGCUUUGGGCAACGCAGCUGCUGAUGAUAGUAAGUUGUUGCUGCUCAGCUCUGUGGGGACUGUUUUCUGCAGCGGUCUGGAGCCGUCAUACCUGAUUGGACGUUUAUCCACAGACCGAAGAAAAGAGAGUAGCCGAAUAUCUGAUGCUGUUCGGGACUUUGUCUUGGCAUUCAUCCACUUUAAGAAACCCAUUGUGGUGGCAGUGAAUGGACCUGCGAUGGGCCUUGGGGCGUCCAUCUUGCCGCUGUGUGAUGUGGUUUGGGCAAGUGAAAGAGCCUGGUUCCAAACUCCAUGUGCAGCCCUCCACCUAACACCUUCUGGAUGCUCCUCCUACACCUUUCCCCAAAUCCUGGGUGUGGCUUUGGCUAAUGAGAUGCUAUUCUGCGGCAGAAAACUCACAGCACAAGAAGCGUGCAGUCGAGGUCUGGUCUCACAGGUCUUCUGGCCAACUACGUUCAACCAAGAGGUGAUGCUGCGUGUAAAAGAAAUGGCAUUGUGUAACGCAAUGGUGUUAGAAGAGUCCAAAUGCUUGGUGAGGAGCUUCGUCAUGUCGGUCCUAGAAGAAGUAAAUGAGAAGGAGUGUCAGAUUCUGAAGCAGCUGUGGUGUUCAACCAAAGGCCUGGAGGCACUCUUCAGUUACCUUCACAGUAAAACCUACGAAAAGUAAAGUCCACGUCCAGAAGGUUAAACCUGGCCAAUGUGAGAGAGCAUCUGCAGAGGACGCCCUAAAGGCCUGUGUCCAUCCAUGCUCCUGGAGAGUUUUCACAUAUUGCACUGUCUUUCAUCUCUACGAAGAAAAUUAAAUACUGUUCUUGUGAUUUAGGUUUUUAGCAGAAUUUCUUUUGACAUCUGGAUCCAGUUUCUCUUCUGAGUCAAACAGCAAAGAGCCAAAUGCACACUAUUAACAAGCAGACAGCAACAUCAUGGGGGUAUAGAAAAUCAGUGUCGUGCUUGAUUACAAGGGAGUUUGAGUGAAUAUAUCAUAUUUUUCAAAUUGCAAACCAUACUUUUUUAGUGUGGAAAUGUAUUUUUCAUGGUUUUUUUUUAAUACACAGCUGUAUUUAAGCCCCGUCUUGAGCAAAACAGUGUACGCUUGAAAGAAUAAACUUGUAAAAGAUUAACUUUACCCUAUAUGUCUUUUUGUAUUUAGACACAUAGUGUCUAAAGGUUUUAAGACUUUAAAGAAUCUGUUUAAGCAUCUAUUUAGAAAAAACAAAUUACAAACAGUAAAUGGGAUCACACUCCAAGAAGCAGUAAAAUUUACUAAUGGAGUGAUGCAAGGGUGUUAUGGUUACACCUGCCGGCAUUUCAAAGGAAGAAAUCAAAGUUAGUUCACCAGUUUUAUCCUCAAAUCUUCUUUUUUAGACUCAUCUACUUUCCCUUUAUGGUUUUGUUUGGGGCAUUCCUUAACAUUAUUUAAAAUGUACUGUUCUAAUAUCGCAAGUUUAUUCUGAUCAUAUUUUUUGGUUUUUCUCAACGUUGUCUUAAAUAUAAUAUUGUAAUUAUUUCAGAUUCAAACCAAAGUUUGGCUUUAAGAUGCCAUUGCGUUAUACCCCAAUCUGCUCAGUCAUAUGUAAAACAUGUAUGUAAAACAGUAGGAAACUUGAUUAAUUCCCACAGAAACUAACAGGCUACUGUUAGAGAUCUAAAACUUUCAGUUUUUUCAAUAGAAAUUAAAAAAAAAAAAGUUUCACGUCUUUAUUUCCCAAAAUCUUCAUUAUCAUCGCCAACAAAAAUGUAGUCAGAUGAAAGCUGUUGGUUAAUAAACCAGCUGCAUUGCAUUGUUUUUUUUAAUAAGUAAUCAAAAUGCAUCAAAAAUAUUAAUAAAGAUCAGAAAAGAGGUGCAGAACACUAGAAGUCUUAUGUGACUGCUGACUGUGAUUUAAGCAAAAGAAGGAUCAGUGAAGUUUAACUCGUCUCCAAGCAGCAACCUCACACAUUAAACUGUGAUUGUUCAUCCGUAGAACUGAUGUAAUGUAAUUGUCAUAUGAUAAAAAUUGGAUAAUCGUGUUGCUAUUGUUUGACUACUGUUUUUGUUUCUGCACAUAUUUGAGGACACAGAAGAAAUCAAACGUCGGUGAACAGCAUUGUGGAAUUUGUUUGUCCGUGGAGAGUUCGUAUUUACCUGCAUGUAAAGAAAGUUUGAACAAGAUUUUAUAUUUUUCAUAGUAUACCAUAUGUAGGGAUCUAUUUUGUUUUACCAAAGUGUAAAUGUUUGCCGGUGUAUGUAAAUGUUUUUGUAAAACUUGUCCAAUUUUCAGAGAAGACCUAAAAAACUGACUGCUCUCUGCAAUGUUUGUACAGCAUGUAAUAUACUUCAUGAAUGUAUUUCCUGUCAGAAUGCCUUGAAUUUUAGGGUAUAAUUUGUACAUGCAUUGUCAGUAUUGUAGCAGUAAUGUGGAGCGUUUAUAUUUGUAUUUAUGUAUUCCUUUAUUUGUGCAAAUUUGUUUGCUCCAAAGGCACCACAACAUGUAUCGGUCGUGUUUUUGAAUAAUCCCAAAACUUUUAGAUGGAGAUAAUGAUAUAGAUAAAAAAUCAAAUAGUAAAUGGUACUUAAAAUUCAACCUGUUUAAUAGUGGGAGAUUGUUUUUAUUGUGUAUUGCAAAUGUAAAGUAAUUUAAGAGAGAUUUUAUUUUGCAGAGUUUAUUGGUAUAAAGAAAUUGAAAAAUGAGUUUAGCUGCACUUCAAUGAAAUUUUGUUUUUCUGUUCUGUGUCUUUUUAUGUUUUUCCUCUCAGCUACUUUAAUUAACCUAAACUACAAUCACUGACUUAAUCAUUUUAGCCCAAAGAAACUUGUGUGAGAAAAAGGAUUUGAACUUACACAAAUUGGUCCUCUUACUCUUAAGGAUUAUUCAUAUUAAUCUUUAAUCAUUGAAAAAACCCAAAAGAUACACCUAUCUGUCAGAAGGUAACAGUUCGUAUAUUCCAUUUCUGCUUUUAGCCAAGUUAUGAAGCAACGAGGUCAUUAGCACUGCAAUUUCUGUACAUCAGCAGCAAAUCGCUUAGACCUGCAGGGUGUUAGUUACAAUGAUUCCCAAACAUUAGGCGGGAAUCUUUUCUUUUCUUUUUUUUUUUUGUUCUUUUGUUUACACACCACCUUUUAUACAAGAUACUUUUAUUUUUGAAUUGUUAAUUCCUCUGUCCUGUUUUCCAAGUUUGUGUCCUGGCAUGUGCUUUAUGAUGUGUUUGGGAUGACAGUUAAAAGAUGAAAAAUACCCAGAAAGGACUUAUUUUUGCUCAAAUAUUUAUUAUAAAUGCCUAUUCUAAAGAUGGA